UCCCUCCCUCCCUCCCUCUCACACACCCUCUCUCACUCAGAGAGACCAAUCAAAGGGACCUCUCCGGCCUUUCCCCCCAAGUUGUAGGAGACAGAGCUUGCUCCCUCACUCAGACUUGUGUCAGUCUCUUGCUGCUGCCACUUCUGCCUGAGGCCUGAGUGCCCUGCGCCCAGCUUCUGCCCAUUUUCCUCGCCCGGCAGGCCAGGACCCGGUAGGAGAAAACUUUGUAAGCAAAGGGCUGAGCCUUCCUUUGCCUCCUAACUCCUUGAACUCAGCCCUGUGGGGACGAGCAUCCAGAGAGACCACAACCUAGGCAGGCCCUCUGAGCCUGGAGUUUCUCCCAAGGAUGCUCUAGAACUGUCUCCGUCCCGCCGCUGCUGGUCCUUGGGGCCAGCUGCUCUCCCUGUGCCCCAGUGCCCACUCCUGCUGCCUGGAAGCCCUUCCACUUGGGCCAAGGGAGGGGAGCUUGGAGGCAGGCGGGGAAGAGGCAUUUGGGGGCAGUUUGUGAGCAGGCACUGAACAAGGCGAAGGCAAGAGAAUCCUGUAAGGCAAUAAGGACAGAAAGGCAGGGACAGGUCCCAGCUGGGCCCCAGUGUGAGAGCCAGUGCUGCCUUCAGGUCUGAAGAUGCUUCCUGUUCUCUCAGCUUGGCUGUGGCUGGUGUUAUUGCUUGAGGUGGAGGCACUGAAGAUAACCCCCCAUGGCUCAGAGUUUGUUCUGAACAUCUCCAGCACCUUUGUCCUGACUUGCACAGGGGAUUCCCCAGUGGUCUGGGAAAAGACUCCCCAGCAGACCCCACCACCUGUUCUUGAGGCCCAAGAUGGCACCUUCUCCAGCAUCUUGACCAUCACCAACGUCACUGGUCUUGACACAGGAGAGUACAUAUGUUCCUACAAUGGCUCCCAAGGCUUAGAGUUUGGUGGGCAGAAGCGGGUCUACAUCUUUGUGCCAGAUUCCUCUGUGGGUUUCCUCCCUGUGGAUCCUGAAGAGCUGUUCAUCUUCUUCACGGGAGACAGUGAGACCACAAUCCCGUGUCGAGUGACUGACCCCAAACUGGUGGUAACGUUGCAUGAGAAGAAGGUGGACAUAUCCCUGCCUGUUGCCUAUGACCACCAGCGUGGAUUCACCGGCCCCUUUGAGGACAAGACCUACAUCUGCAAAACCAUCAUUGAUGAGAGGGAGGUAGACUCUGACGCUUAUUAUGUCUACCGCAUCCAAGUCUCAUCCAUCAAUGUCUCUGUGAAUGCAGUUCAGACUGUGGUGCGGAAGGGUGAGAACAUCACUGUGCUCUGCAUUGUGAAGGGUAAUGAAGUGGUGAACUUUGACUGGACUUACCCUCGAAUGGAGAGUAAGCGGCUGGUGGAGCCAGUGACAGAUUUCCUUUCGGGGUUAGAGUAUGACAUCCGCUCCAUCCUGCAUAUCCCCAGUGCCGAGCUGGGAGAUUCUGGUACCUAUGUCUGCAAUGUCUCAGAGAGUUACAAUGGCCACAGGGACAUGAAAGGAGUCAACGUCACAGUGGUGGACAAAGGGUUUGUGAGAUUUCUGGGGGAGUUGGAUGAGCUGGAGUUUGCUGAACUGCACAAAAGUCGAACCCUACAGAUGUUCAUCGAAGCGUACCCUGCACCCACCAUUGUGUGGCUCAAGGACAACCAGACUUUGGGCUCUGGAACUGCCAGUGAGAUCUCUAUCUCCACCAGGAAUUUGUCUGAGACGAGGUAUGUGUCAGAGCUGACCUUAGUACGAGUAAAGGUGAAUGAAGGGGGUUAUUAUACCCUCAGAGCCUUCCAUGAUGAUGCUGCUGACUCGUUCUCCUUCCAGUUGCAGAUCAACGUUCCCGCUAAGGUGAUGGAUCUGAGUGAGAGCCACCCCAGCAGUGGGGAGCAACUCCUCACUUGCCGAAGUCAGGGGAUGCCACAGCCAAUCCUCAACUGGUUCAGUUGCAGUGAUUUUAAGAGGUGUCCCCGCGAUGUUCUGCCUACCCCACUGGGGAACAGCUCCAAGGAGGAAACUCAGUUGGAAACCAAUGUGACCUACUGGGAGCAAGAGAAAUUGUUUGAGGUAGUCAGCAUCCUGCGCUUGCAACGUGUGGACCAGCCCCUCUCUGUCAUCUGUGACGUGUACAACCUCCUGGGGAGAGACAGCAAGGAAGUCACCAUUGUUCCACAUUCCCUGCCCUUCAAGGUGGUUGUGAUUUCAGCCAUCCUGGCCUUAGUGGUCCUCACAAUCAUCUCCAUGAUCAUCCUUGUAAUUCUGUGGCAGAAGAAACCCCGCUAUGAGAUCCGCUGGAAGGUGAUUGAAUCUGUGAGCUCGGAUGGUCAUGAAUACAUCUACGUGGAUCCCAUGCAAUUGCCCUAUGACUCCAGCUGGGAACUGCCCCGAGAGCGGCUUGUGCUUGGUCGUACACUUGGUUCUGGAGCCUUUGGGCAAGUAGUGGAGGCCACAGCCCAUGGACUAAGCCACUCCCAGGCCACAAUGAAGGUGGCUGUCAAGAUGCUAAAAUCCACCGCCCGGAGCAGUGAGAAGCAGGCCCUUAUGUCUGAAUUGAAGAUCAUGAGCCACCUGGGGCCCCACCUGAACAUUGUCAACCUGCUGGGGGCGUGCACUAAAGGAGGCCCCAUCUACAUCAUCACAGAAUACUGCCGUUAUGGAGAUCUCGUAGACUAUCUACAUCGAACCAAGCACACGUUCUUGCAGCAUUGUCCUGAGAAAGGAGGGUCUUACCAGUGCUCAGAGGUCCUGAACCCUCCUGACCAUCAGCUGCACAGACAAACAUCGCUAUCGGGGGAGAGUGACGGAGGCUACAUGGACAUGAGGAAGGAUGACUGUGUGGACUAUGUCCCAAUGCUGGGCAUGAAGGGAGAGAUCAUGUAUGUGGAUAUUGAAUCCUCCAACUACAGCUCGCCCUAUGAUAGCUUUGCACCCUCUGUUCCAGAGAGAUCCUACAGAGCCACCCUGAUCAACGAUUCCCCUAUCCUCAGUUACAUGGACCUUGUGGGCUUCAGUUACCAGGUGGCCAAUGGCAUGGAGUUCCUGGCUUCCAAGAAUUGUGUCCAUCGAGACCUGGCAGCCAGGAACGUGCUCAUCUGUGAGGGUAAACUUGUCAAGAUCUGUGACUUUGGCCUGGCCCGGGACAUCAUGCGUGACUCCAACUACAUCUCCAAAGGCAGUACUUUCCUGCCCUUGAAGUGGAUGGCUCCAGAAAGCAUCUUCAACAGCCUGUACACCACCCUGAGUGAUGUGUGGUCCUUCGGCAUCCUCCUCUGGGAGAUCUUCACCCUGGGUGGCACCCCUUAUCCAGAGUUGCCCAUGAAUGAGCAGUUCUACAAUGCCAUCAAGCGUGGCUACCGCAUGGCCAAACCCACUCAUGCCUCUGAAGAGAUCUAUGAAAUCAUGCAGAAGUGUUGGGAGGAGAAAUUCGAAAUUCGACCCUCCUUCUCUCAAUUGGUCAUUCUGAUGGAGGGCCUUCUGGGGGAGGGCUACAAGAAGAAGUACCAGCAAGUUGAUGAAGAAUUUUUGAGAAGCGACCACCCGGCCAUUCUGCGCACCCGAGCCCAGCUCCCUACAUUUGGUGGCCCGAGGGGCCCCCUUGACACCAGCUCUGUUCUCUACACGGCCGUGCAGCAGAAUGAAGGGGACAAUGACUACAUCAUCCCCCUGCCAGACCCUAAGCCUGAAGGACCCGAGGCAGCCCCACUGGAGAGUUCCCACAGUCUCGCCAGCUCUACCCUGAAUGAAGUCAACACAUCAUCCACCAUCUCUUGUGAUAGUCCCCUGGAGCUUCAAGAAGAACUAGAGCCCGAGCCAGAGGAGCCAGAGCUGGAGCCGAAGCCAGAGCCACAGCUGGAGCCAGAGCCAGAGCCCAGCCCGGGCCCGGGGCAGCAGGAGGUGGAGGAUAGCUUCCUGUAGCUGGGCCCACCCAGGAAAAGAGCAGGCACCCCCACCCCUGUCUCUGCUCUACGGACUCUCCUUUAUUCUCCUUCCCAGAUGAAUGCUGGUGUCCCUAUUGGGCGAAGAAAGGAGGUGAUGACCGGGCCUUUUCAUUAUGGGAUGCAAGAUUUCUAGCCUAACUGUGGCAGGGACUGAUCUGCCUCCAUGAGGAGCCCCCCGGGCUCUUUCCCAGCUAAGAGUUUUCCCUUAGGAAGACAAGGCAAGGGGCAUUUUGCAGAGACUCUGGCACUGAAAGUAGCUGCUUGGUCCCCUGCCCUUCCCUAUUUCAACACCCUCAGUCUCUGUCUGACACAAUGAUUCCCUGGGUAAAUUAGGGGAUUUUUAAUCCUGUUAACGGAGCAGGGGAGGGGCACUGAGUGUUGGAACAAGGGCCUUAAAAUAUAGAGGAAGGUGUGGGCAUCCACAGGCUGAGGAGAUUGUCCCUCCUAACCACGCCAGCCUCUGGCUUUCAGACUUACCUAGCAAUGGAGCCGUUUAUUGGCCAUGCCUUGAUUAGGUUCCUAACAACUGUGCCUUCUGCCUGAGUCACUGGGUGGCUAAGGUCUCUCCCUGCCUCUUGGGGAGAAGAAAUUGUGGAAAGGGAGGAGGAGGAGGGUUCCUCCAGACUUUGGUGGAAGCAAGAGGGGCAGAGGACAUGGGAUCUUUGUAUGAAUGUCAUUCUGUGAAGUCCCGGCUCAACUCCAAAGGAUCAAGUCAUCUUCAGGGUCUCACCUUUCCUGGAGGUUUGGUCAGAAAUCUCUCCUCCCUGAAAGAGAAGAAAGGUACAUUAGAAAUGUACAAUCAGCGUUGAACUCCUCCCCUCAAAUCCUCCUGCCCCCGUGCCAGCUGGACUGGCCAUUGCCUUUUGUAUUUUUCCUUUGACAUUUGGCUGAGGUCUAUAGAAGGGGGUUGUCUUCCCACUUUUGGGGCUUCUCUUGUUUCUUCUGAUGACCCUAGUCCAUCCCUGUCCAACCCUAGCCCUCCACCAUCACCAUGGGGUGGUGAUCCAAAGCAGGAUUGAGGAGUGGAAAUUUCAGGAAAGAAGAUCUGAGCUCAAUUCAAAGAAGACUUAAUGAUCAGAACUGUCUCACAGUGGACAAUGUCUCCCCUCCGAGGUCCUUAUCUCCUGAUCACUGCAGAUAAACUGGAAGACCAGCCAAUAGAAAAGCUGUAAAGAGGACCCCUGCAGGGGAUGGGAGGUUGGAUUUCUGAAGUCCUUACCAGUUCUCAGAUUUAGCAGUUUCCUUUAUCACUGAGCUAAGGGGUCCUUAGCAGAGCCACGUUUGUGAGGCUAUUCUCUCCUCCAUCAAGUUAGGAGCUGGGGAAAACCUUGGGUUCUGGGAAGUCAAGAUGGGGAUGCCUGCUUAAAGGCUACAACACCCCCCUGGUGCUUACAAUCUGGUUUAUCUUGGGUUAGUCACUUAGCUUCCUGGUGCCUCAGUUUCCUCCACUGUACAAUAGCCUCUGAGGACUGAUCCAGCUCUCAUGCAAGAUAAUGUUGGAUGACUCCUUCCCCCCACACACACACACACACAUACAUCUGCCCCAGAUCCUUGGACAGAGGUAGAGCCUCUCCAUCCAGUGAGGUAGCUCCUUCUUCACCUGCCCCUAGUUCUCCUGCCCAUGUAACCGGGUGAUGUCCUCCAUUGUCUCUAUCCUCUCACAGGGAAUAGAGGUUACAUUUGAGGUUGAAGUUAGAAACUACUGUUUUUUGUGGCUUUUUUCCUAACAUCCUACGCCUUCCUUUAGCCAUCAAGAACAGACUCUGACUUCCCCAUCUCUCAGGCCAGCUGGAAGUCCUGAGCUUGGAAAGUUCCAACACCAUGAAAAUAAAAGGUGGGGGGCUUGCCCUCUACCUGGCCCUUUUGAGGACAUUUGACAGAUAAGCACAUGCUCUGUCCUAUAUCCAGGAUGGUUUAGCUUCAUCCAGCUUUAUUAUGGAGGGAUAGAACAUUACCAGAGAUUAGGACUCGGGGAAAUCCAUGAUUUUGUCUGCUUCUGUGCCUCCUGGAGUCUGCUCUUUAGCUAACCUAUCCCAUCCUGGCCAAGGUUUCUCUUGGGACUGCAAAAUUGGAAAUGUGUUUCCAGAUCAUCUGACUGCCCUGUUCUGGACCCUUUCCUCCCUCCUCCAUUAAGCUGCUCAGGAGGGUUAUGUAUCCAGAGAUCCUGUUUUCUCCAUUGUGUCUUUUAAAAGAAGCAAGGUUCAGUUUGUCCAUUCUCUCCCCUCCACCAGCCCUGUGCAUAUAUAGUAUAGUAGAAAUGAUGGGGUAAUUGGGUUAGGGUUUCCUUGGCCCUCAUGGCUAAUGAUAAAGGAUCUGACCGUGAGACAAACUGGAGUGCCCAGAGCACUGGGCAGUGAGUGACUGACUCACUCCCUUGCCCAUGGAGCUCAGAGCUGGGUCCAGUAUUGCCUGUCUUGGACUCCCAGAGAAUUCCAUUUCCUACCCCCUCAGUUCAUCUGUACUCCCCCUUGCUCCCACUUCCACCCAUGCUAAAUCUUGACCAAGGACUUUUAAAGACUUUUAAAGGACUUUUAAAUCUAGAGUUUCCUAAAUAGAGGAUGUAUUCCCUCUAACUAGAUUGGAGUCAGGGGAGAGAUCCAGUUGCCCUCUGGGUGUGGAUCAAACAGAGGUCAGGGAGUAGGGGCAGUGACAGGGUACGUGAGCAGGAUGUAGGUCGCUCACUUAGCUAUCUACACAUGGGCAUAUGCACAUAGAAGUUCCCCUUCCUCCUUUUUCCGGGCCACCCCCAUCCAAACCAACCUUCCAGAGGAGCCCCUUCAGAUGCUCAGGCAGGAAGCAGCUCUGAGCAAACCCACUCAGAGCUAAACAGUUCUAUACCUGGGCCCCUGGAGGGAAGCUCGAUUUUGUGUCAGUUUGUAUUUAAGACACGGUGAGAAUCAUGGUUGGGAGGGAAGGAAAUGGGAGGGCAUCAAGGUACCAAAGAUAUCAUCACUGCUAGCUUACAGGUGUAUACUUAAGACUCACAAUAACUCACAUUUAAACAACCGAGAUACUAUUUUUUACACACUCAGCUUUACAUAUCUGUAUAUAUUUUUUUUAAGGGAAAGGUUUUAAUAUUAAACAUGGUGCUCUGGA